CAGCGAUCAUCCCACAUAACAACACCUCCUCAAUCAUCAAAAUGACCACCCCUCCAUCAUCAGAACUGCCCAAAAGCAGAGAGGAAUGGCGCUUCCAUUAUCUGGGUACUCCCGUCGAAUGGAUCGAAAGCUAUCGACCAGGGAGAUAUCAUCCUGUUCAUUUUGGUGAUACAUUCAAAGACUCGCGGUAUCGCGUUAUUCGGAAACUUGGGUAUGGGUCUUUUUCGACGGUGUGGCUGGCUAGAGAUCGAGAGCUAUAUCGCUAUGUUGCUCUGAAAAUACUCAUGGCAAAACCGGGUGCUGCACAAAAUGAAUUAACAAUUCAUCAAGCACUGUCUCAGAGUACAUCCAAUCACCCGGGAAAGAGCAAUAUUAUGAAUAUAAUAGAAUCUUUUGAACAUACAGGCCCAAAUGGAGUCCACUGCUGCCUGGUAUUUGACGUGAUGGGUCCCAGCGUCGGACAUGCGGUCGAAGAGCUCCCUAACACUCUCAUCAAAGGCUCCGGCUACCGUCGCAGAUAUCCAGUCUGGAUGGCCAAGUCUAUCCUGCGACAGACUCUACUUGGGAUUGAGUUCUUGCACCAGAAUGGAAUUUCGCAUGGUGAUAUGCAGCAGCGGAAUCUGUUGUUUUCCGUGAAAGACUUGAGUUCCAUCAGCGAAGAUGAAUUGGCAGGGGAAAAUGAAGCAUCCGAGCCUGUUCGCAGACUCGAUGGAAAGGAGGAUAUCUGGGCGCCGAAAUAUCUCGCCUUGAAUGAGUCUCUGGUUGACUAUGCGGACGUUGGAUCUGACUUUAAGAUAAAGAUUUCCGACUUGGGAGCGGCAUUCUUCGUAUCCGAUCCGCCAAAAGAAUCAUUCACCCCCGUGGGCCUGCGCAGUCCAGAGCUCGUUUUCGAAAACAAAAUCAACAAAGACCAGGACAUCUGGAGUUUCGGCUGUUCCAUAUACGAACUUCUAACCGGAAAACUACUCUUCGCAGUCGCCGACAUGGGAGACGAUGAAGAAAUCGAUGAUGACCACUUUCUUCAAUUCCAUGAUAUCCUUGGGCCGCUUCCCGGUCGCUUAAUAGCCCAAUAUCCGCGUGCACAUUUGUACUGCAACGAAGCGGGUGAGAUAAUAACGCGUUAUAUUGGAAAGAUUCCCGAAGGCGCCGACCCAGCUGGGCUAGAACCACUGCCAUCGCUUGAAGAGUGCUUUGAUAAGAAGAAGCCUGCGGAGUUGAGUGAUGAGGAAGCAGGGGUUGUUAAGAAGUUGCUUCGGUGGAUUUUGGACUAUGACCCUGCUAAACGGCCUUCCGCCUCUGAGCUUCUGGCUCAUCCGUGGUUUGCUGAAGAUGCGCAGUAGAAGACGCUUUGAUAAUACCAGUCAAUUCAGAACUUUAGUCUACACUAUAGUAAUCUUGUGCUGUAUAAUUCCGAUCCAUUCCUCUAAAUCUGACAGUCAUCGUGGAUCGAUCGCUUUAAUCCGUAUCCAACCGCCUCAAACGCUCCGCCUCCUCAAUCGGAUCCUGCUGCAGAAACUCUCUCACUUUAUUAAUAUCGGUACCUAUGCACACAACUUCAUCAGAAACAUUCCAAACUCAUAUAUUCUCUACUCACGCAAACUCUCCGGAACGAUAACCAUAUCAUCCGGCG